CUUGCGAGUGGGCACGCACCGCGCACUUCCCCCGCCGUGUUCGGUGUCGGGAAAGUUUUAAACAUUUCCGAUUGUUAAUGUCAUUGUCAACGUUAUGGAGCCUCAUAAACAUCACCAGCAGCAGCCCCAUUGCUUCAAUCGACCUAAAUACCGUGAGGGGAACCGGCCCAGGGCCGUGAAGGUGUACACCAUCGCGCAGGAGUCGCGCUACCUGCUGGUGCAGGGCGUCCCAGCCUUGGGGGCUGCACAGGAGCUGGUGCAGCUGUUUGCCCUGUACGGCGCCGUGCAGGAAUACCACGCCAUGGACGAGUAUCCAGCCGAGCCCUUCACCGACGUCUACCUCAUCAAGUACGGCGACGUGCACAGCGCCAGGGUGGCCAAGAGGCGGCUGGACGAGAGGAGCUUCUUUGGAGGAGUGCUGCACGUGUGCUACGCUCCCGAGUUUGAGAGCGUGGAGGAGGCACGGAGCAAGCUGCAGGCGAGACGGCGUUACGUCGAGCGAAUUGCACGCAUGCCCGGCCCCGUCUUGCCAGACGACAAACACGAUGACACUGGUAAACCCACGAGCCGUUCCCCUCCUCACCACGAGCCUAAACGCGGACGGAGAGAACCACACAACGAAGAUGAGCAAGCAAGCGGGGACCAGGAACCAUCAUUUCCAACGUAUUCUUUCCCCAUGAUCCCACCGCCCCCUCAGCACCUUCCGCCCGCCGCCCGCAUGCCGCCCUCAUGGCGCCGGAGUGAAGACAUGGAGGGGUACCGAGAAUCCAGGGAGCACUCCGAUUCUCGGCAACGAGCAACGCUUGCAGGACAUACAGAAUCCAGGGGUCCCUUGAACCACGAAGGCUCGCGGAGGAAGAAUGAGGCAGUGGCGCGGUUUGUGCCACGAUCAGCGCUGCUGGAGGCUCGGAAUCAGCUGAGGUUGGAGGGAGGUAUGGGUGGACGGACGUCUCAUCAGGAUGUGAAUGAGCCGCUGGUUGGGCCGAUGCUGCCUCCGGAGAUCCCCAAGGACGUGGACCUGGGAGAUGCGUCGCUCAAUGCCUCGGCCGAACUUAUACGGAAUCGCAUACGACAGGUUACAGAUGCUGCACCGUCGAAUGUUUCUUCUGCACAUCAAGGGCCCAUAACACAAGCAAAAGCCCGCAGAAGAAUAUGAUAUUAAAUGUUCUUACAUGUUGCCAGCUGUAUAUUGCCAGCUGUGUAUAUGGAAGAAAAAACACGAACACUUUUGAGCAAUUGUUUC